CCAAAAAAAAAAACAGCGAGAGAGAUAACAUGAGAACAAUCUUCAGUCUACUGUCUAGACUCUAGGGAGGUACCAGUUGCUUUCCCACGCCUUAAUUUGUUGACCAUUUUCGUCGAGUCCUCCGACAUCGUACCGGACCGGAAACUGCAAGUAUUAAGCUCUAAAGUUACAACAGACCCAACAGACCCGACGAUAUCUCUCUCUCUCUCUCUCUCUCUCUCAAAUACAUUGUUGGCAGGACAAUUACAAAGGGAGAAAAUUGCCUUCUAUCAGUUUGUUUUCUCAGAAACUGGGGUGAGACGGACUAUUCAAGAUGAAAGUCCGAGUUUUCUUUCCAGAAAACGGUAUUGAUAAACAUAAGAAGCUGGUGAUGCCUUGUUUUUCUUUCUUUUUUAGAAAAAAAGGAGCUUCCUCAGAUAAACAAACGAUUAAAGAUGAUGAAGAUAUUUCAGGCAUCAGGAAUGUUAAUAUGUACACUUACAAGGAAUUGCGGGUUGCCACUAAUAAUUUCAGUCCAGCCAAUAAAAUUGGGGAGGGAGGAUUUGGUUGUGUCUAUAAGGGAACGCUAAGAGAUGGUAGUGUGGCUGCUAUAAAGGUAUUGUCAGCUGACUCCAGUCAAGGGGUGCGUGAGUUUUUGACAGAAAUAAAUGUGAUCUCAGAAGUUGAACAUGACAACCUGGUUAAGUUGUACGGUUGCUGUGCGGAAGGAAACCACAGGAUUUUGGUAUAUGGCUAUCUUGAAAACAAUAGCCUUGCGCAAACACUUCUUGGUGGAGGCCACAGUAGUGUCCAAUUCAGCUGGCAAACACGGCACAAAAUUUGCAUUGGUGUUGCACAGGGGCUUGCAUUCCUUCAUGAAGGCGUCCAACCACAUAUCAUUCAUAGGGACAUCAAAGCGAGCAAUAUUCUCCUUGAUAAAGACCUGACACCCAAAAUUUCAGAUUUUGGUCUUGCAAAGUUUAUUUCAGCCAACCUGACCCAUAUUAGUACCCGUGUAGCUGGAACAGCAGGUUAUUUGGCACCUGAAUAUGCAAUACGAGGUCAAGUGACGAGGAAAGCAGAUAUUUAUAGUUUUGGUGUUCUGCUCAUAGAAAUUGUUAGUGGGAGGAACAACACAAACAAGCGGUUACCGGCUGAAGAACAAUAUCUACUUGAAAGGGCAUGGGAACUACAUAAGAAGGGGGAAUUGCUGAGAUUGGUGGACGCAUCAUUGAGUGAUGAUUUCAAUGUUGAGGAGGCUUGCAGAUUUCUAAAGAUUGGUCUUCUUUGCACCCAAGACAACCCAAAGCUACGACCAUCCAUGUCCACGGUAGUUAGAAUGCUACUGGGUGAAAUGAAUUUGAUUGAUGAGGAAAUAUCAAAACCAGGCCUGCUUGCUCAGUUCAUGGAUUCAAAAGAUAGAGGCCAGGAAGAUGAUGCCAAAAUGAAGAAUGCAUCUUACACAGCAUCUUCCGGCUUAGAAAAGCCAGAUACAUCAUCAUCAUAUGGAAACGUAACCUCCUCUGUUGCUACCAUGACCUUCAAUUCAAUAUACGACCGAACCGAGUGAGUAGGGUAAACCAGUUUCUUAGAUCUUGUUUGGACAGCGCUUUCAAGGCUCUUAUCUUGAUUUCUUUUGAGCAAAUAUCAUUAUAGAUUUUUCUGUCAAAAGCCAGGAAAGUACCUUCAAAGAGCUAACUGAACAACAAUUGUAAAAUUCUUUUGUGGGUGUUCCAAUAUGGUAAAUCUUUUUGUCAUCAA